CUCCAGAGUCACCUGGCUGUCGUCAGCCGACAUGUUCGAUACUUCAAGGCGGUUAGUGGUGACCGUUGACCACCUCCCACCGACAACAUGGCUGGACGUGUGUAGCCGGUGUGUCCCACGGAGACUUAGACAUGGAGGAGUUGGCCAGGGAGAGCAUCAGCCUGCUGGCUUCAGCCUCAACCGAGCACCGGGUGGAGGUGGCCGGGCCCCGGCUGGGCUCCAUGGGGGCCAUCUUCAUCAUGCUGAAGUCAGCACUGGGCGCCGGUCUGCUCAACUUCCCCUGGGCCUUCGAGAGAGCCGGGGGCAUCCACAGCGCAUUGACCGUGGAGCUGGUUUCCCUUGUGUUCCUGGUCAGUGGUCUGAUCAUCCUGGGCUACGCGUCCUCCAUAAGUGGUCAGUGCACCUACCAGGCGGUGGUGAAGGAGGUGUGCGGCCCAUCCAUCGGUCAGCUAUGUGAGAUCUGCUUCGUUUUUAACCUUUUCAUGAUCUCUGUGGCCUUCCUUGUCAUAGUGGAUGACCAGCUGGAGAAAUUGUGUGGCUCCCUCUAUGAGUUAAUAACUGGUUUGCCAGACACCGAGAGGCCCUAUCACUUCUACACGGACCAACGCUUUGCCCUGGUGCUGCUAUGUGCCUUCCUCAUCCUGCCCAUUUCCACCCCAAAAGAGAUCAGCAUUCAAAAAUACAUCAGUGUACUGGGCACUCUGGCUGCGACCUACUUGACCAUUGCCAUCAUCAUCAAGUACCACACGAUGCAUUCUGUUCUGCUUCACAUAACCCCUCUCUACAGCAGCGGGAUCAGCUCCUGGGCAUCCACGUUCAGCGUCAUACCAACCAUCUGCUUUGGUUUCCAAUGUCACGAGGCGUCCAUCGCCAUUUACAGCAGCAUGGAGAACCAGCGUCUUACUCACUGGGCUUUUAUCUCUGUGGUCACUAUGAUCACCUGCCUCAUCAUCUAUACCCUCACAGGGGUCUAUGGGUAUUUGACAUUUGGCAAGGAUGUGAAGCCGGACAUUUUGAUGUCAUACAUGGGUGAUGACAUUCUGAUGCUCAUCGCCAGACUGCUGUUUGGAAUCUCCAUUAUCACCAUCUACCCUAUCAUCCUGUUGCUGGGCAGAUCAGUGAUCCAGGAUCCUUUGCUGAGUUGGCGGAGGAGGUGUGGCGACGUGGUGACAGUGGAGUUUGAAAGUCGCAGUCGGUACACGCUGACGUUUUUGUGGAUAACUGCAACCCUCCUUAUUGCUGUCUUCGUACCAGACAUCAGUAAAGUUAUCAGCGUCAUCGGUGGCAUCAGUGCCUUUUUCAUCUUCAUUUUCCCAGGUCUUUGUCUGAUGUUUGCCAUGCAGUCUGAGCCCGUGUCUUGUAAGGCCAGAGUCUUCCUCACGGUUUGGGGAGUGGUCACUCUGCUAUGUGGCGCGUUUAUCUUCGGCCAGAGCACCGCUAUUGCUGUCAUGCAAGUCCUUGGAAAGAUCUGACGCCUAAAAAGACUUGAUUGUGUCAACCUCAGGUAGAUUCCAUCUUGUUCUCCUGUGCUGUUAAAGACUUCACGAUCUUCACUCCUAACAGCACAUUUAAUACCUCUAAGGACAAGUUGCGACGCAAACCUCAAAGGCAACAUUAAGAUCCUAAUGAGCUGGACAAGUUUCAUGUCUAUUUUGAUUUCUUUGCAUGCAUGUGUGUAAAUAUGAUCUCUAUGGUGUACAUAUGUUGGUACAGCAAAUGUCCUCAUUAAAAUAAUUAUCAAUGGAAUUUGUUAAGAAUUCCAUUGAUAAUUUUUUGAUACUA